GUGCAACCCCGCUCAAACAGCUUAAUCCGGUCAGCCCGUCAUCAACGACUCGUGAGACAGCUCCUCGUCGUCUCAUCAACCUUUCUGAUAAAACUAUCACUUGAUACGGUGACAUUCGGGCUUUAUAUAAAUAAGAUACCAAUUAUAUCCUGCUCUUAACCCGUUUGUUCCGACGACUUCACAACCUCUUGAUUGAUUCUAAUACCGUACCUGUGUGGCUUGCUAUCAUUGAACCCCGCAUUCUCGGAGACGACUGAUAUAAUAACCGCGAUAUUUGUCUGGAAGUGAGCAGUUAUCCUAGAAGAAAGAAAGGCCGGUUUAAAAUAUUCACCAUGUCAAACUCCAUGGAAUCAGUAGUGAUUCCAGAGGCCUCUCAUGAGAUGCUUGGCCUCGGAGAAGAAAAGAGCCAUCCUCCCAUCACCAAACCAGACUGGUCCAACCUCAGCGUCCUCCACAAGAACACUCUCCCACCCCGCGGCACAUUCCAUAUCUACCCCAGCGAAAGCGCCGCCGUAACCCGCGACGUCACCAAAUCCCGCACCCUCUCCCUCUCCGGCACGUGGAAAUUCCACCUCACACCCUCUCCCUUCUCACCCGGCGCUGAAGAAUUCCACGCCUUCAAUUUCGACAUAUCAAAAUGGUCCGACAUCGCCGUUCCCGGGAUGUGGCAGCUUCAAGGCCACGGAAAGGGGCCACAGUACACUAACCUGAACUACCCGUGGCCGGUCGACCCGCCGAAUGUGCCGUUUGAUGAGAAUGAGACGGGGCAUUAUGUGAGGGAUUUUGAGGUCCCGAAGAGUUGGAUGGAGGAGGGAGAGCAGUUGAGAGUUAGGUUUGAGGGCGUGGAUUCGGGGUUUCAUGUUUGGGUUAAUGGGAGGGAGGUGGGGUAUAGUCAGGGGGCGAGGAAUCCGAGUGAGUGGGAUGUCACGGAGUUUCUGAAGGAGGGGAAGAAUAGGAUUGCGGUGCGGGUUUAUCAGAGAUGUGAUGGGUCGUAUCUCGAGGAUCAGGACCAAUGGUGGUUGAGCGGCAUCUUCAGAGAUGUGAAUCUCUUCGCGUUUCCUAAAGUCCAUGUUAAGGACUUCAAGGUUGAGACUAUCCUGAAGAAUGAUUAUAAGAACGCAGUUCUAUUCCUCCGAGUCGAGCUCAGCGAGCCGGCUGCGAUAAAAGUCAAGCUCCUUGAUGACGAUUUGAAACCUCUCAAAACGGCAGAGCAGACAUCACCACUAUCCACAGUCUUCUUCGAGAUCCCCAUGGAGAAACCACACCUCUGGACAGCCGAAACCCCCUACCUGUAUAAGCUAGUCAUCUCAGUCGGCGAGAAACAAGUGAUAUCCCAACGCGUCGGUUUCCGCCAAGUAGAAAUCAAAGACGGUCUCCUCAAAGUCAAUGGCAAACGAAUCGUCAUCCGCGGCGUCAACAGACACGAGCACCACCCUGACCACGGCCGAGCCGUUCCCUACGAUUUCCUCCGCAGAGACCUCCUCAUGAUGAAGACACACAAUAUCAAUGCCAUCCGAACAUCCCACUACAUCAACGAUCCCCGUCUCUACGACUUAGCUGACGAACUUGGCCUCUGGAUUCUUGACGAAGCAGACCUAGAAUGCCACGGCAUGGGAGAGCUGGGAACCGAUUUCGCGUCCUGGACGAGCGAUAACCCCGAGUGGAAAGAUGCGUAUGUUGACCGCGCGCGGCAGAUGGUGAUGCGUGACAAGAACCACCCGAGCAUUAUCAUCUGGUCUCUCGGCAACGAAUCCGCGUAUGGGAGGAACCACAGAUCGAUGUAUGAGUUUAUCAAGUCGUAUGAUAAGACGAGGCCAGUUCAUUACGAAGCUGAUUUUAAUGCCGAGAGCACGGAUGUGUUCAGCAGGAUGUAUCACAGUGUGGAGCAGCUCAUCGAGUUUGUGACGACGAAUAAGGAGGCGAAGCCGAUGGUAUUGUGUGAGUAUGUGCAUGCAAUGGGGAAUGGACCGGGGGGGAUUAAGGAGUAUGUGGAUGCAUUUUAUAAGUAUCCCCGUCUACAAGGCGGGUUUGUAUGGGAAUGGGCAAACCACGGCCUCCGCACCAAAACCGCAGAGGGCGAGGAAUACUACGGCUACGGCGGCGACUUCGGCGACCUCCCCAACGACGGCCACUUCGUCCUCGACGGCCUCCUCUUCUCCGACCACACCCCCACCCCCGGCCUAACCGAGUACAAAAAAGCCAUCGAGCCCAUCCAAGUCCUCUCCGAAGGCAGCACGCCGCAGAAAAUCAAAAUCAUCAACCGCUAUGACUUCGCCACUCUCGAUCAUUUGAAGUGCGAGUACUCCAUCGUCAGUGACGAGAUGGCGAUGUCGGAGAAGAGGGAGGUGGAGAUACCAAGGGGUGUCAAACCGGGGGCAACUGCGGAGGUGGAGAUUAAAUCCCUCGAUUUGAUGGGGAUACAUACAGAGUCAUAUGUCGAACUCACCUUCACCCUCGCCAAAGCCACCAACUGGGCUCCAGCAGGCUUCGAGCUCGCAUUUGGACAAAUCCAGAUUCACGCCCCCUCUCCCCUCCCUCCCCUCUCCCUCUGCACCCUAUCCCUUAAACUAUCCCCGCCCUCUUGCCCAACAAUAACCACCCUCUCCCCCUCCCUCCUCCAAAUCACCACAGCAACAACAACAUACACCUUCUCCCCCCCCCUCGGCCAACUCCUCAGCCUCUCACACCCCGGCCACCCACCCCUCCUCACCGCACCUCUAACACCAAUCUUCUACCGCGCACCAACAGAUAACGACCUCCCCGCCUCCAGGGGGUGGCACGAUUCCUUCCUCCACCUCGCGCGCCCCCACCCCGUCUCCUUCAGCACCUCCACCUCCCCCAGCACCUCCACCGCCACCAUAACAACAACCACCCGCUUCGCACCCCCCGUCCUCGCAUGGUCCAUCCUACUCACCACAACGUAUACAUUCACACCCACGCACCUCCACAUCUCCCUCCGUGGCCAUCCAUCGGGCCCAAAACUCCCCUCGACACUCCCACGCAUCGGUCUAGAACUUGGCCUAGCACCACAGUUCGAUACCGCGAAAUGGUGGGGAAGGGGCCCGGGAGAGGGAUACCCGGAUACGAAGAUGGCGCAGCGGUUUGGGAAUUGGGAAGCUGGGGAGGAGGGGUUGUGGACGCGGUAUGAGUGGCCGCAGGAGGGAGGGGGGAGGACGGAUGUUAGGUGGGUUGAGUUUUCCUCUUCUUCCUCCUCCUCCUCCUCCUCCCCACACGGGGAUAACGGGAAAGGGAAGGAAACGGAGAAGGGGGAUACACUCAAAGCCACCUUCGGCGCGCAAGACGGCUGCGGGUUCACGGCGAAUUGUUUCUCGACGCAGGAUUUGGAGGAGUGUACGCAUGACUACGAGCUCCAGAAACGGAAGAGGGAGGAGGGGUGGGUGGUGAGAUUGGAUUGGAGACAGCAUGGGAUUGGGAGUGGGAGUUGUGGUCCCGGGCCUGCGGAGCAGUAUAUGUUGCGGACGGGGGAUUUCGAGUUUGAGAUCGUGCUUGAGUAGUCUUGUUAUUCUCGGGUUAGUUCUUCACGGGUUUGCAUUUUCACGUACGUCUUGAUGGUUCAUAUGGCAAAAAGUUAUAAUAAAGAAAUCCCAUCUAUUCAUGCA